AAAAAAUUCAUUGUAAAUCCGAUUUUCGACGGGUGUAGAACCGCAGUAGUGUGAAUUUCGCUAUUCAAGGAAAAAAAUGCGAUAGUGUUCGAGAAAUUAAUGUUUAGUGUUUGUGUUGUUGCGAUUUUAAUAACAAAAUAGAGGCGAUGGCUCUUGGAAAUGGGAGCGCUCCGAAUCAUGGCGGCGGGGUCAACGAAAAAGCACCAGUGGUCAAUGGGACUAACAUGGAAACUUUGCCCCGAGCCGGAAAACAGACUGAUCCGAAUACGGCAUUUUUGAGAGCAGCUAGGGCAGGACAGCUGGACAAAAUCCAAGAGUACUUAGAUUCUGGCACAGUGCGAGACAUCAAUACAUCUAAUGCAAAUGGAUUGAAUGCCCUUCACUUAGCCGCUAAGGAUGGGCACGUCGACAUUGCACGAGAAUUGUUAAAGAGAGGAGCUGUCGUGGACGCUGCUACCAAAAAAGGAAAUACCGCUUUGCAUAUAGCUUCAUUAGCCGGCCAGGAAGAAGUGGUACGGCUUCUGGUGCAACAGAACGCUUCUUUGAAUGUACAAUCGCAAAAUGGAUUCACGCCGCUUUAUAUGGCGGCUCAAGAGAACCACGAUGGUGUCGUACGGUACCUUUUGUCCAAAGGAGCCAAUCAGACUUUGGCUACAGAGGAUGGAUUCACACCGCUGGCGGUGGCGAUGCAACAAGGCCACGACAAAGUGGUCGCCGUGCUUCUGGAAAACGACACCAGAGGUAAAGUGCGUCUUCCAGCUCUUCACAUCGCUGCCAAAAAGGACGACGUCAAAGCUGCCGCUUUGUUGCUGCAAAACGAGCAUAAUCCCGACGUGACUUCUAAGAGCGGGUUUACUCCGCUGCAUAUUGCCGCUCAUUAUGGUAACGAUAAAGUUGCUUCGUUGUUAUACGAUAAGGGUGCCAACGUUAAUUACACAGCCAAACACAACAUCACGCCCCUCCACGUAGCCAGCAAAUGGGGUAAGAUCAACAUGGUCAACCUCUUGGUAUCCAAAGGAGCCGACAUUCAAGCCAAAACCCGCGACGGUCUGACUCCACUUCACUGUGCCGCUAGGAGCGGGCACGACCAGGUUGUCGAUAUGCUUUUAGAAAACGGGGCUCCUAUUCACGCCAAAACCAAAAACGGUCUCGCACCGCUUCACAUGGCAGCUCAGGGCGAACACGUAGAUGCAGCUAGGAUUUUGCUCUACCACGGAGCUCCUGUGGACGAAGUCACUGUAGACUAUCUGACAGCGUUGCAUGUGGCUGCUCAUUGCGGUCACGUGAGGGUUGCCAAACUGUUGCUAGAACGCGGUGCCGAUGUGAACGCUAGGGCUUUGAAUGGAUUUACACCGUUGCACAUUGCUUGCAAGAAGAACCGCCUUAAGAUGGUUGAAUUGUUGAUCAAGCACGGAGCUAGUAUUGGAGCUACUACGGAGAGCGGCCUAACACCGUUACAUGUUGCCAGUUUUAUGGGGUGCAUGAAUAUUGUUAUUUAUUUGCUUCAGCACGAUGCCAGCCCCGAUAUACCAACUGUUAGAGGUGAAACUCCGCUACAUUUAGCCGCCAGAGCCAACCAAACAGACAUCAUUAGAAUCCUGCUCAGAAACGGUGCGUCAGUAGAUGCCAAAGCUCGCGAAGAACAAACGCCUUUACACGUAGCAUCCAGAUUGGGUAACGUGGACAUAGUCAUGCUACUAUUGCAACACGGUGCUCAGCCGGGAGCCACCACUAAAGACCUGUACACACCAUUACACAUUGCGGCCAAAGAAGGCCAAGAAGAAGUAGCCUCAGUGCUUUUGGACAACGGCGCGGACCUCACUGCCACCACAAAAAAAGGUUUCACUCCUUUGCAUUUAGCGUCCAAAUAUGGCCACCUCAACGUUGCCAGGUUGCUGUUGCAACGAGACGCUCCUGCCAAUGCUCAGGGUAAAAACGGGGUCGCCCCUUUACACGUUGCCGCCCAUUACGAUCAUCAGCCGGUGGCCUUGUUGUUGUUGGAUAAAGGGGCUUCGCCUCACGCCGCUGCUAAAAACGGACACACGCCUUUGCAUAUAGCUGCUAGAAAAAAUCAGAUGGACAUUGCAACAACUCUUCUAGAAUAUGGCGCGCAAGCCGAUGCUGAAUCUAAGGCCGGUUUCACGCCUUUGCACUUGAGCGCCCAAGAAGGCCACUCAGAUAUGUCUUCUUUGCUGUUGGAACAUCAAUCUGAUCCGAACCGGGCUUCCAAGAAUGGCCUAACGCCGCUCCAUCUUUGUGCUCAAGAAGACAGAGUCGCUGUGGCUCAAUUGAUGUUGCGAGCGGGUGCUCAGAAAGAUGCUCAGACCAAAAGUGGUUAUACGCCUUUGCACGUGGCUUGUCACCAUGGACACGUUAAUAUGGUGAGAUUGUUAAUAGAACAAGGAGCAAAUCUGAAUCCAGUGACAGCAGCAGGAUACACUCCGUUGCAUCAAGCAGCUCAACAAGGCCACGUAUUGGUGAUAAGUCUUUUGUUGAAAAAUAAAGCCGAUCCUGAUGCAGUGACUCAGAAUGGCCAAACGGCUCUGGGCAUAGCCAACAAGCUGGGCUACAUCAGCGUAGUAGAAGAACUGAAAGUGGUCACUGAAACUACAAUCAACACUACAACUACAAUGAACAUUGAGGAAAAAUACAAAGUGAUGGCACCGGAAGCUAUGCAGGAAACUUUCAUGUCAGAUUCCGAAGACGAAGGAGGUGAAGAUCCACUCUUGGGCGACCAGCAACAAUACAAAUACAUGACGGUCGACGAUAUGAAGUCUCUCGGGGACGAUUCUAUGAGAAUGGACGUCACUCACGACGAAAAAAGCGAAUAUAAUCGAAAUUCCAUGGCUCCUUCGCAUAUAAGCAGCGAAUUGAUAAUUCAGCCUCAACACGCCAAAGAGUACUAUUCGCAGCCUGAUAAUGUUGACAUUAACCGGCAACCAGUUACUGCAGGUUUCCUGGUGUCUUUCCUGGUUGACGCGCGAGGUGGCGCCAUGCGCGGUUGCAGACAUUCAGGAGUCAGAGUUAUAGUACCGCCCAAGUGCGCGCAUGCGCCCACUAGAGUCACUUGCCGUUACGUUAGAGCACAUAGAGCCCCACAUCCGCCGCCGUUGAUGGAAGGCGAAGCUUUGGCCAGCCGGUUGUUAGAGCUGGGACCUGUUGGUGCUAAAUUCUUGGGGCCAGUCAUCAUAGAAGUACCCCAUUUCGCCUCUCUACGCGGUAAGCAUCGUGAAAUUGUUGUUCUAAGAUCGGAAAAUGGCGAAACUUGGAAAGAACACACUUUGGAAUCAAACGAGGAAGCCAUUCAAGAUGUUUUAAAUCACAGCUUUGACGGUGAGGAAUUGAGUCAGCUCGAAGAUUUGCACACCAGCCGGAUUACUAGGAUUUUGACCAACGAUUUCCCUCACUACUUUGCGGUAGUUUCCAGGAUCAAGCAGGAGAUCCACGCCAUCGGUCCGGACGGUGGUACCGUAUCAAGUACUGCUGUUCCUUUAGUCCAAGCUGUUUUCCCGCCGAAUGCUUUGACUAAGAAAAUUCGCGUUGGCUUACAGGCCCAAUCAGUCGAACCAGAACUAGUAUCCAAACUACUCGGUCACGGCGUGGCAGUUUCACCGAUUGUCACCGUAGAGCCCAGAAGGAGAAAGUUCCACAAAGCUAUAAUGCUGAGCAUGCCCGCACCCAAAGCGCACUCUCAAGGAAUGAUCAACCAGUACCAAGGAGCUUCUAGUACCACCUUGAGACUACUCUGUUCCAUUACAGGAGGCCAAAGCAAAGCAGUGUGGGAAGACGUCACCGGUUCUACCCCCUUAACGUUUGUCAAGGACUGCGUCUCGUUUACCACAACAGUUUCUGCCAGAUUUUGGUUGAUGGAUUGUCGUAAUGUAGCCGACGCUGCCAAAAUGGCCACAGAACUUUACACACAAGCUGCCCAUGUUCCUUUUAUGGCAAAAUUCGUUGUUUUCGCCAAACGUGUCAGUCAAUUGGAAGCUAGAGUUCGUGUAUUUUGUAUGACGGAUGAUAAAGAGGAUAAAACCCUGGAGCAUCAGGAACAUUUUAUGGAAGUUGCCAAGAGUAGGGAUAUUGAACUUUUGGAAGGCAAAGAUAUUUAUUUGGAAUUUGCUGGUAAUUUGGUGCCAGUUUUGCAGUCCAACGACCAACCUAAAUUGGGAUUUAAGGCUUUUAAAGAGAAUCGCUGUGCAUUCAGUAUGAGACUCAGAGAUCAUGAUGAAGAUCCAAUUGGAAGAAUUAUUUUCAUGGCUGAAUCAAAAGCAGGCAGAACAGGAUACACUCCUAGCAAUCCCUUGUGCACUCUCAACCUUAUUCUGCCUAAAGACCUGCAACCUGACAGAGACUCUCAUAGCGAUUUAUUGUCUAUUAAUAAAGAUCACAGUUAUCUUCAACAUGGAGGAAUUAGUAAACCAGACACUAUUCAUCGAGCGGACUUUCGUCUAUCCGACAUCUGCAAUCUUUUAGAUGACGACUGGGAAAAACUCGCUCUAGAACUAGACGUAACGCCCUCUGACGUUGAACUAAUCAAAGAAGAGUACCCGGAAAAUCAUCCGCAACAAGCCAUGAUCAUGUUCCGGUUGUGGCUCAGACAAAAAGCCAACAAAGCCACCGGAAAUCAAUUGGAAAGGGCCCUGAACAAAAUCGGCCGUCAGGAUAUUGUGGAUAAGUGUAUUUGUAACGUGGAAAUGGUCACAGAUGAUAUGGAAAAGGCUUUGGCCAAGAUACAUUUGGAUCAGUCUGGAUUUGAUUAUUUGAAAGAUGAAUUGGGUCCUUCCAGGGAUACUUCUUUGAGGAGGGAUACUCAUCUUGAUCGUUCGUAUCUUGGUAGUGAAGAGAAAUUGGAGAGAAGUGAAAAAAGUGACGAUAUCCAUCAAAAUUCCACCGGCAAAGACGUAACAGACACUCAAAUCGAUAAUCUAACCCAUCCGAAAGUUUUGGACAAUGCUCCCAGCACUAAUGGUAAUAAAGAAGAAGACCUCGAGGAAAUCACCAAGCAGUUUAAUGACAGCGUGGUUGUGGCCACCCCACCACCAAGCCCUGCCGAAAUACAGGAAGAUUUGGUCAAUAAAAACCUAGCAGAAGAAAAUGAACACCCGAAAGGAAUUUCUCGAGACGACCAAGACCGAUUUUUCUCAACUUCGACGCCCCUAAAACACGAUCCCAUCGAAAUGCUUAAACGCAACGUUAACGACACUUUGACGUUUUUGCACCAAGAACGAAACGACUUUUUGCCACUGGACGAUGUCAUAAUUCCUAGCAGAAAAGACGACCACAUUGCCAACGAAAUAGAUUUGGAGUACAUCAACUUGAAAACGCCCAAAAAGACUUUGGAGUUUGUUUUUGACAAUAAUGUCAAUAUUCCGGAAAUUCAGCUUCACGAAGCUACUUUGACUCCUGAAUUUGAGGAAGCUGUUAGAGAUGUUGCUGAACAGGAAGUAGAGGAAGUUAUAAAACAAGCUGAAGAUACUGUAAACGAUUUGAAGCAACAAGAUAAGGAUUAUCAACAAAAAGCUAAGGAAAUCAGAUUUAAUGUUGAGGAAAAAUUAGACAGUAUUUUUGAUGAUGUACGUACAAAUACUGAAGACUCAUUAGACAACUUGGAAAGUCUCAAAGACGAUUCGAUAAGCACCAUACAAGAAAAAAGCGAAGAGGCUUUUCGGUUUUUAGAAAACGAAGCUUCAAGCCCCGUUGCGCUGAAACCUAAAGCACUUGUGGACGAUUUUAUUCAAAAAGAAUCGUUGGCUAGUGGAGACUCGAGCAUUUCUGAAUCGCAAAGUGGAGAUUCGUUAAGUCCUGUCACUCCCAGGAGCUCGAUACCGAAAUUCAAGAAGGGAAAAGAUAAAAAGAAGAAGAGUAAAAGUAAAAGUAGCGAAGAAGAAAAACCCUCAGACAGUUUAGGCCAAGAACAAAACGUUUCAAUUCCGGAAGACGAACUUCAAAGUAAAAUUCCAAUAGUCAAAGGGACAAAAGUGAAAACAAUUAAAAAACAUUCGAAAGACCCUUUAAAAGAGUUCGCCAACAUUUCAAAAGAUAUUGAUUGGGACAAGGAUGACGAAGAAACAGUCACCACGAAAAUAAUCAAAACUGUUACCACUAGCACGGCUGAUCCGAUUGUCAAAACAACAGUCACUAGAAUAACCACCGCUGAUAAUAAUAACAGCAAAAUCCCAGUGCUAAGCGGCUCUGUUAAUAACGACAAUGAUGCAGUAAAAAGCAAAAUUCCAGUUUUGAAAACAGAAAGCGUGCUAAUCAGUUCGCCUGAGCGGAAAAUCGUUGACUCAGAUUCUGAAGAGGAUUCGCGUAAGGCUUCGCCUCCGUUAAAGAGUAUAUUGAAGAAAACUCAGCAGCAGCAACCGCAGGCUGCUAUUGGAAAUCCUGUGGGAAGUUCUAGCGGUUCGGAUAUAGCUUUGCACGAGGAGGGAGCCGAGCUUAGUUCGGAUUCGGAGGAUUUUUACCAUCAAGAACCUCAGUACACUGAAACUAUCGUAGAAGAAAUGGAUCCAGCUACUGGAGCCAAGAUUACCAGGACAGUCAGGACACUGGUAAAUCAUUCCAUGAUGUCGCCAAAUGAGUCCGAGCUCAGGCAAACCAUGCAAAACGUUUUGGACCAAUUUAUGUCGGAAGAACGUAAUCCUCGUUAAAAUUUUUAAUAUUCUUCCGCUUUUUCUUUUUGUGCAGUAUUUUUUUUUAAAUUGUUCCCAGUGAUUUUUCUAUACAUCACAAAAACAAAAUCAAACAUUGAUUUUUUUUUAAGCCAAUCUUAGACGUUUAAAUUUACUAAUUAAAAUUUAAAGUUAGAAACUAUAUAAUAGUGCCUGAAGUUUUACUUGAAAUUCGAAAAAUUUUCAAGUAAAAUUUUAAAAAACAUUUAUUUGUUAACUAAAGCUCGAUUUUAUGGAUUCAAUUGUCAAUAUACAAUAAUUGACAAAAGUUUUAAGAAAAUAUUUGUUCUUAUUUAUAAAACCGAGCAUUAAAAAAAACCUUAGAGGUGCUGAUUAGGUACUAAAAAAAAACUGUUUUCUGUCACAGAGUUUUAUUAACUAGAUAUUAUAAUUAUAUAAGAAUUUUAAUAUAUUUAUUAAUUAUCCAAUAUAUAAUAAUUAUGCUUUCAAAUGAAAAUUUGUAGAAAUGGUUGCUUAAUACUUUUAUUAAUUAAUUGAGAAUGUUUGUUUGGAAAAAAUAAGCAGUGUGGUGUACAGUUAA